AUGAAGCUGCUAGACGCAUAUUAUGAUGCGGGCGGAAAUUUCAUCGAUACUGCGAACAGUUACCAAGACGAAAGCUCAGAGGAAAUCAUCGGCGAGUGGGCAGAAAAGCGCGGUAUCUGUGACCAGCUGGUUAUUGCUACAAAGUACACUAUGAAUUUCAAACGAGGCUCCUCUGAGGCGCAGAAUAUUUCCUACACCGGAAACAGCGUCAUGUCGAUGCGCAUCAGUGUGGAGGCAAGCCUGAAUAAACGUAGGACGUCUUACAUCGACAUCUUAUAUCUUCACUGGUGGGAUUUCGACACUAGUGUUAAGGAGGUCAUGAAUGGGUUACACAUCCUUGUUCAGCAGGGCAAAGUUCUCUACCUGGUAACGCAUAUUAACGCCCCUGUCCAACACCUGUCACAUCAAUUUAUGAGACUAGCUUUAUUAGGGUAUCUCUGA